AUGCCAUCAGAUCAUCCCCAUCUCAACGACGUGACUACUAUUACAUGUCAGCAAGAUCAUUGGCUGGAAGUUCAACUCCACCAAACAGAGGUUUUGUGGACAAUAACAAGUGGUCCAACCUCAGCUAUGGCUAUGGCUACUGCUACUGAUGAAGAUGAUGAUCAUUCUUCAGAAGAUGAGACAUCUCCUGAGAUACCUGCAAAGACUACUUCCCAGCCUAGGCCAAUACCCCGCUCUGUUGGUUAUGGAGCAUUUUUGGCUACUUCACUCAACUUUCCUUCACGCACAAAGGGUUUGAUGCAAGUGUAUGCUCACAUGAAGCUUCUACAAGAUGGUGGUGGAAGUCAAGCUGUGUAUGGGCAAUGGCUAGGCUGGAUGAUGGCUGCUAUAUACGUGGGUGGAAGGAUCUCUCAAAUCUCCUUAAAUAUCAAAAGACGCAGUGUUGAGGGUUUGAAUCCUCUCAUGUUCAUCUUUUCUCUCAUUGCCAAUGCAGUUUAUGUUGGAAGCAUUCUUGCAAGAAGUAGAGAGUGGGAGAAAAUUAAAGCAAAUAUGCCUUGGCUGCUAGAUGCUGCAGUUUGUGUGGCACUUGAUGCUUUUGUAUCCUUUAAUUUUUAUGUUUUGAUAUUUUUUUAGUUAUUUAAUUUUUAUGUUUUGAUAUUUUUUAGUUAUUUAAUUUUUAUGUUUUGAUACU